AGUGAAACCUUCCAUCUUCAAGGCAUCAAAAUCUUUGUAGACAGGCAAGAGACACACUCUAUUUUUCUCAUUUGGACCAUAUUAAUUGAAGGCAUUAACACGUAAUUAAGAUGGUUCGUACCAACAGUCCUGAACUUACUGCAGUAGUGGUCUCAUUCAUAGUUGUGGGGAACAUAAUCCUUUGGAUGAUUUUGAUAGCAGCUCUAGGAUUAGGGGCCAUGCACCUGAACACCUGUCCCCUGCAGCCCUACAUCCCUAUCUACCUGAUAGUGACUGGCGUGUUGUCUAUGGCCUCCCUGCUACUGAUCUAUAUCAGGACCGCAAUGAUAGAUGAGAGUCUGCUUCGCUUCAUGUGUUCAUUGUGUCUCUACCUCAUCAUCAUCUUCAACUUCUGCUGGUUCAUCUCAGGGGCUGUGUGGGUCUAUUCUACACAUUAUCCAAACUACAACCCAACCAGUGGAGAACAAUACUGCCAGAAAACUGUGUACCUGUUUGCCUUCUGGUUCACUAACCUCAGCUGGGUGGCUGUGGGCCUAAUGCUUCUUUGCGGGGGGUACCUUCUUCUAUACAUCUGUGUGAGACUGGCCUUCAGGGGACACCAUUUGUUUCCCUCAAACCAAAAAACAUAUGAAACUGAAGGAGAGGCUUGAAGGUGCUUCAGUGUUUUUAGACAAUUCAUUGAUAUUCAUAACAGGAAAUGGGAGAUUUCCUUCUUGUCUUUCUGUGAACAAGCUGUCCAGCUGUCUUGUACGCCCUCUUUUUUUCUUCUCUAGUAGAGUAUCAGUAUAGACGGUGAUGGAAGGGUUGUCAUGGAUAAGGGGACACCAACUUUUCCGGAGGGUUCUUCAGGAUAGAAGUCCUGGUUCCCCACUUACCUGAGAUUUCUCUCUAAAGGACAAAUAUUCUGCCAUCCUCACAAGUGCAUGUAAACAAAUUACCAACCAAUUGUGAAGACAGAUACAGCAGGCUGUGUGUAACAUGAUGUAGUAUAUUACACUUGUGAUUUAAUGUGGGUAUGUCCCUGCUAUUGUUUUUACUGUCUUAGAAUCCUUGUUUUGUGUCUUAUAUGGCAGCCCUUUCCCCUUCACUGUGAUUGUUAUUCUAAACAUUAUGAUUACCACCUACAACAUGUCUUUUCAUACAUAAGAUUUGUGUACAAAAAUGACUUCCCGCAGCAACCUCAUAUAUCCACGACCUGCUAUUAAUAAUUGGUGGUGAAAGGCAGAACUGGAUGUUAUUUACUAUGACUGUACUGUAUUAUAAAUGUAUUUUAGGAUUACUCUUCUUAUCUAAGUCAAUGACAAUCAUGUUGAAUCCAAUCUCUGCAGGUAAUGUGUGGACGUUUUCUAUAUAGCCCAACUAUGACCCAACAAUGGAGGAUGGGCUGUAUUGUAGCAAAAUCUUGUACACCUUUGCAUUUUGGAAUGCAUUGUGGGAAACCAUCACAUUCCUGAUCUUUAUUGUCAGCUGUAGCAAAGGUCUCUUCUGUUGUGUGCUGUUGGACAGGUCUCCACAGCCAAACAGAAAGACUGACAUGGAAAUGUAGAAAAUGGUAAAAAUAAGGGGGUCUAACUCCUUCCCUUUUAGUCUUGUCAUGCUGUUAACUUUUUCAAUAGCCAUGUUUUAACUUAGGUCUACUGGUUAUCUUCCAUAUUUGGCCAAUGUUUUAAGAUAGUUUUUAAAAUAUUUAACAUUUCUAUGACUUAUCCUGGCCACAUACAUCUGCCUGUCAUGGAGACAUUGUACUCUCUCUGAAAUGUGUUUUUCAAAUAAAAAAAAUAUGCUGCAUGUGUUAGACACUAGUUGAAAUGACUACUUGGUGAAUCCUCAGAAAAUGACGUAUUCUCCCAGUUACCCAAUGGUGGGAAAGUUAGCGUUGCUCAACCGACACGUCCCCUCCAAACCAAGAGGACACAGCAAACAAAAGUGAAUCCGAACGUGUUUCCAGUCUGUAAAAAAAUAUAUAAUUCAGAGGGCUCUCAAUUCGCAUUGCUGACGUUCCACUCCCGGACUAAAUUUACAAACCAUAUGGC